GUUUUACAAUUUUUACAAUAGAGUUAUAGAUAAGACUAUUAUAUUUGAAACCAUAGAUGAAGAGUCCAACGUUUAGUGCGAAUAUAUCUUAUAUAAAUCAGAAUAUGCUCAACUAAACAAUUUUCGAUUUCCUAUGAAACAUUGUUUCAUGUUCUGAUUUGACCCAACUCAUAGAUUCACUUUGGUAAUAACAUCCUUUUACGAUGGAAAUGACAUAUGAUUCCAGCGACAUUUCUCCUUGAUAUCAACAUUCCUUUUUGGGUUGAUUUACCUAUUACUGAUUACUUUAUUUCUUUCUCUACUUGUAUUCAGGGUGUGGACAUACAAAAUUUCGGAAGUAGUUGGGGUGAUGGUUUAGCAUUUUGUGCAUUAAUUCAUCACUUUUAUCCUGAUUCAUUUGAUUUCUCUACACUGGAUCCAAAAAAUAAACGAGCAAAUUUUGAAUUGGCGUUUGAAAAAGCUGAGAAACUUGGCAAUGUUUCUCCGUUACUUGACAUUGAGGAUUUAAUGCGUAUGAAAGUACCUGACUGGAAAUGUGUCUUUACACAAAUUCAAUUGUAUUACCGGCGUUUCCAUUUGGAAGAAGGUAAAAAUGCAACUGUUCCUCCAACUGGUAUCCUUCCUAAAGCUGCCCCGAAAUCAGAGAAUACGGAUGAAUAGUAUUCUGUAUAUAAGUAAUUUGUACGACCAGUCAUAUAUAUAUAUAUAUAUAUAUAUAUAUAUAUAUAUAUAUUUCAAUUCAUGGGGAUGCACGAGAGAUGUGAAAAUAAAAUGUUUAAUUCGAAUGCUUGCUUUUAAUGAAAGCUUUGCCUUUUUCAAAGCCUAAUUCACUAGUCUGCUUUAUCACCCCAGUCAUUGUUCAAUUUUAAUCGACGGAUGCUUACCACACUAAACAUAUACAUAUAUUUGAUUUUUCGGUUCAGUAAACAAUGCAUUUUAUCUCAUUACCAUCUAUCUCAUCCUAAUGUAAAGUACUUAGCGAUAUCACAAUCAUUUUUUGCUAUAACCUAUAAAAUUAGCUAGUUUAUUUUUAAUUCUAUUUUUCUUUUGAUUUCAUUUGACUCUAUA